UCUUGCAACAUUUUUAUCUUUGUAAUUUUCUUUUUAACACUAGAGAUUUUCUAUAUCCAUAGCCCCACUUGUUCGCUCUGUUGUUUCUGAAAUUCAAUUCCUCUCUCUCUUUUCGUAUUCUUGAAAAUGGUGUGGAGAGGAAAUUUUACUCUUAAACAGUGCAAGCUCGAAAGCUCUUCUUCGUCAGCGGUUUAAGGAAAUUUUUUUUUUACGUGGGUUUUCUUGAGGAAGUUUAGUGUUUUCCGGGAAAAUGGAAAAAAAUUUGCCGGAUGGAGUAAAAUCUAAGAACUCCGGUGUUAGAAGUUUAAAUCAAAGCUCGAAGUCUUCUAUGUUGAUGGUUGGUGUGGGUUCAGCUGAAAAUAGCAAAGAAAAUGGGGUUAGGGUUUCUACAAAUGGUAACGAAGAUUUAUGUGGUGGUAAUUUGGGUGGAGUUGUUACAGUGGUUAAAACCAAGAUUGUUGAGACUGAAGUGGAAGUUAAAAAUGGAGGUGUUAGUGAGAGUGCGGAAGGAACAGCCUCUUCUAUGGAUGCUGUAAUUGAAUUGGCCGGUGAUGGUAUGGGCGGUGGUGAUGAAGAUGGCGUUUCGCUUCUUGCUGAUAUCAGUACUGAAAUGGGGAAAAUGGAUGCAAAUGAAAUUAGGGAUUUUGGUGAGAGGGAGGAAAAUAGGCAAAAUCCAGAUGAGGUGAAUGACAGCAACGAUGAGGAGGAAGAUGAUUUCAUUGACGGAGAGUAUGAGUUCUGUGUGGGUGAUUUCAUCUGGGGUAAGAUUAAGAGUCAUCCAUGGUGGCCAGGGCAAGUUUAUGAUUCUUGCUAUGCUUCAGACUAUGCCUUGAAGAUAAGAAAAAGGGAUAGGCUUCUUGUGGCAUACUUCGAUGGAACUUUUGCUUGGUGUCAUCCAUACCAGUUGAAGCCUUUUGUGGAGAAUUUUGAGGAAAUGUCAAAGCAGAGUACGUCAAAGAACUUUGUUAGUGCUGUUCAGAAAGCGGUGGCUGAGAUUGGUAGACUUAUGGAAUUGAAGAUGACUUGUUCUUGUGUACCAAAAGAGAGUUUGGUUGGACUUGAAAGACCGUUGACCAUGAAUAGUGGGAUUAAGCAAGGAGUUCUUGUGCCUGAUUGUGGAAUUUCAAAGCUUUGGACCUAUCUAUUUGGACCAUCAGAAUGCCUAACUGAAUUGAAACGCGUUGCACAAGUUGUUUCGAUGACUAAUAUGCUUGAGUUCACUGAAUUAAAGUGCUGGCUGUCGGCUUUUUAUCGUGCAAAAGGGGGGUAUCAGUUGGCUUUAUUCCAUGAAUCUCAGCCGAUUCCAGGCCUCGAAGACAACGACCAAAACGGAUUGUUGGACAUAAUUCAUGUCAAAAACAUGACAGAAAUCCCUAUCCAAGGGCCGGUGGAAGAAGAAACUAAUAUGUCCUUGCUGCAGAAGUGCCUUGAGGCUUCAGAGAAUGGGCAAUACCACAGAAGAAAACAGAAAAGCAUUGCUGAAAUUAUGGAAGGAGAUGUGGAUGAUCGAGCUAAAAAUGUUGGGGAGGAUUCAUUGAAAGAGAGAACUGGCACAGGAAAUCCGGUGACAUCAUCUGGAAGGAGGAAGAGGAAAGGCAAUGAUGAAGCUAAUGUUGGGAGUAAUUCAAGUUCUAAACCAAAGAGGAGGAAAGUGACCAAGCUUUUAGAAACUACUCAAGUUACUGGGAGUGAAAUCCACAGUGAUGAAAGGGAUGGUAUCAGGGUCAAGGAAGAAACGAAAAAGGUUCUUCUGUCAAGGGAGAAGAGGAAGAGUAAAGGUUCAAGUGCCGACAAUGAUGGUGGUGGGAGCAAAGAAGAAAGUAAUGCCAGCCCUAUGUCUAGAGAAAGGAAGAUGAUUCAAAGAGAUGAUGGUGAGUCCAAAGACCACACUGAGAAGGGCUUCUUAUCAAGGGAAAGGAAAAAGAGCAAGUACCUGUCACCUCCUUACACAGAUAUAAAUAGGAGGCAAAGCAAAAAAGACAUGAUAGCCGAAUAUUUGAAAAUUUCUAGUGAAGCUCAGGCAGCGCAGCAGUUGAGAAAGGCUUCUGACAAUGUUGUUGAGUCUGGGUCUCCUCCAAUUAUUUCGUGUAGUGAUCAGGUGGUACAGAAGAAAGACUCUAAACAUGUUGGCGUGGGGCAUGAGACAUCUGAUGUCCUAAGUCUUGAAACACUAAAACUAGAUCACAACACAAACAUUGAUGCAAAGAAAGUUAAGAAGCGCAGUCUAUUGCGAUGGAUCCAACUACCAAAUUUACAACAAAAGUCAGCCUGGUACAAAGAGAAAGACACUAGAAUGUGAACCUGGUUCUUCAGC